AGGUGACCCGUGGAGCUCCGGUCAUGUGAUCAAAGCAGCGUGGACGCGCGUCGGCGAGGAGACGCGUCAUCCGUCGAAAACAGCAAAAACGGAUUGCGCAACAUCGCCCGUUCAACAUGUAUUUUCCUCACAUCGUAGUGACAUGAGGGCGACAUGGGUGCCAAGGAGUCAAGGAUAGGUUUCCUUUCGUAUGACGAGGCCGUUAAAAGAGUAACUGAUGUGGAGUUGAAGCGGCUGAAGGAUGCCUUUAAGAGGACCAGCGGCCUGUCCUUCUACAUGGCCCAACAGUGCUUCUAUAGAGAAGUACUGGGAGAUGGGAUCCCUCCGAAGGUUGCAGAGGUGAUCUACAACUCGUUUGGAGGCACCUUUAAAGGACUGCACUUCAGCAACCUCAUCAUUGGCCUGGUGCUGCUGACCAGAGGACGAGAUGGGGAGAAGGCCAAGUACCUCUUCAGCCUGUUUGCCAGUGAGUCGGGUGGCUAUGCGGCCCGGGAUGAUAUGGAGGCCGUGCUACGGGCGGUGGACGGGGAAGUCCCGCCCUCUCUCAGGAAGUGCUUCAGCGAGGGGGAGAAAGUCAACUAUGAGCGCUUUAAGAACUGGCUCCUUCAGAACACGGAGGCGUUCACCUUCUCCCGUUGGCUGCUCUCCGGAGGCGUGUGUGUCACCCUCACAGACGACAGCGACGCGCCCACCUUCUACCAGACUCUGGCCGGAGUCACACACUUAGAAGAGUCUGAUAUCAUUGACUUGGAGAAGCGCUAUUGGCUGCUGAAAGCCCAGUCCAGGACCGGACGCUUUGACUUGGAGACCUUUGUCUCGCUGGUCUCUCCUCCUAUUCACGCUUCGCUAAGUGAAGGUUUGUUUCAUGCCUUUGAUGAGAACCGGGACAAUCACAUCGACUUUAAGGAGAUCUCCUGUGGCCUGUCCGCCUGUUGCCGGGGGCCCGUCGCCGAGAGGCAGAAAUUUUGUUUCAAAGUGUUUGAUGUGGACCGGGAUGGGGUUCUGUCUCGAGACGAAAUCCAUGAAAUGGUGGUCGCACUCCUGGAGGUGUGGAAAGACAAUCGCACACACACACUCCCUGAGCUGCUCACCAACGUGUCGGACGUAGUGGAGGGAAUCCUGAAGAUGCACGACACGACCAAGCUGGGUCACCUGACCCUAGAGGACUACCAGAUCUGGAGUGUGAAGAGCGCUCUGGCCAACGAGUUCCUCAACCUGCUGUUCCAGGUGUCCCACAUUGUCCUGGGCCUUCGGCCUGCUACUCCUGACGAGGAGGGACAAAUCAUCAGGGGGUGGCUGGACAGAGAGGCCAGACAUGUGCUUCAGCCUGGUGAGAACAGGUUCCUCAUCUCCAGCCAGUGGUGGAAGCUGUGGAAGGACCACGUCAACUAUGACCACAAGUCCAUCCUGGUGGAUCAGCCCUCUAUCCUCUCCUCUCUGAGGAAUCCUCAGGCCUCUGCGACCGUCGAGCCUUCCCCCCUGGAGCCAGGGGUAGGUGAAGGUCUGGGGGUCCCCGGCCCAGCCAGCCCCUCAGAGGAGAGGUCCCCUGAUGCUGUGUCCUCUGAAGCCACAGAGACCCAAAGCACAGUGGUGACCCCCCAGGCCGGCCCCUCAGCCACAGAGACCUCUUUUGCCCGGCAACACAACGUGUCAGACAACAACCAGUGUUUCUCCGGGGCCAACGGCCACAUCCCCUCCCUCCCUCAGUCCCAUCUGGCAGCUCAGAGGCCUGGAGCCAUCGACAACCAGCCCCUGGUCAACACAGACCCCAUGAAGGCCCCCUCAUUGACCAUGGAGGGAGGCCGGCUGAACCCGUCCUUACAGCUGGUGGCGGGCAGGGACUUUGAGACGGUGCCAGAGCCGGUUUGGAGGGCGCUGUUCCACUGGUAUGGAGCCAACCUCAGCCUGCCACGGCCGGUGAUCCAGCAGACGAAAACAGGCCGUGCUGAGCUGGAGCUCUUCCCACGCUACCUCCUCUUCCUGCGGCAGCAGCCCGCCACACGCACCCCCCAGUCCAACAUCUGGGUUAACAUGGGUAUGACCAGCCUGAGAAUGUUCCCCCAGCAUCUCCCCAGAGGGAACGUGCCCUCCCCCAACGCUCCUCUGAAGCGUGUCCUGGCCUAUACAGGCUGUUUCAGCCGCGUGGGCACCAUCAAGGACAUCCACCUGUACCUGUCUCGGAGGCUACGCAUCAAAGACGAGGACAUGAGGCUGUGGCUCUACAACAGCGAGAACUGUCUGACCCUGCUGGAUGACGAGGACCACACUCUGGAGGGCCUGAAGAUCCAGGACGAGCAGCGCUUAGUUAUCGAAGUUCGGAACAAAGACAUGAGCUGGCCAGAAGAGAUGUCCUUCAUCGCUAACAGCAGUACAAUGGACCAACAUAAAGUUGCUACGGAGAAGGGUGCCACGGGCCUCAGUAACCUAGGCAACACGUGCUUUAUGAACUCUAGUAUCCAGUGUGUGAGCAACACCACGCCUCUCACUGACUACUUCAUCUCAGGAAGACACCUCUAUGAACUCAACAGAACCAACCCCAUCGGGAUGCGAGGUCACAUGGCUAAAUGCUACGGAGACCUGCUGAUGGAGCUGUGGAGUGGAACACAGAGGAACGUUGCUCCUCUCAAACUCAGGUGGACGAUAGCAAAGUACGCCCCACGGUUCAACGGCUUCCAGCAGCAGGACAGUCAGGAGCUCCUGGCCUUCCUAUUGGACGGGCUCCAUGAGGACCUGAACAGGGUGCAUGAGAAACCCUACGUAGAGCUGAAGGACAGCAACGGACGACCCGACUGGGAGGUCGCAUCAGAGGCGUGGGAGAACCACUUGCUGAGGAACCGUUCCAUCGUGGUGGAUCUGUUCCACGGCCAGCUCAAGUCCCAGGUCAAGUGUAAGACGUGUGGUCACAUCAGCGCCCGCUUCGACCCCUUCAACUUCCUGUCUUUACCCCUCCCCAUGGACAGCUCCAUGCACCUGGAGAUCACUGUCAUUAUGCUGGAUGGUUCUACCCCUGUACGGUUCACACCUGAGAACUUCCCUCAGGAUAACGAGAAGGUGCGUCUGUCGGGGAACGGCUUCCUGUGCGCGUUUGAGAUCCCUGUCCCAGGCUCCCCCACCUCCCUCUCCUCUCCAACACAGACAGACAUCACCCCUGUGCCCGUGGCUAACGGGGCGGCGGUGACAGAGGAAGGGCAUCCUGCCGGUAAGCCUGGUCUGAUCCCCAUCGGCAUGCCCAGCGCUGUGGUGCCCUGCAGAGAGGCCACGCAGAGAGCCCUGGUCAACGAAGGGCUGCGGGUGCCCAACGGACAGGUGUCCCCCGUCCAGGACAGCCCCUUCAUCGGGUACAUCAUUGCCAUGCACAGAAAGAUGAUCCGGACGGAGUUGUAUUUCCUGUCCAGUCAGAAGAACCGUGCCAGUCUGUUUGGGAUGCCCCUGAUCGUUCCCUGUACGGUUCACACCAGUCAGAAGGACCUGUACGAUGCUGUCUGGAUACAGGUGGCCCGUCUGGCCAGCCCUCUACCCCCGCAGGAGGCCAGCAACCAUGCUCAGGACUGUGAUGACAGUAUGGGCUACCAGUACCCCUUCACACUGAGAGUGGUGGGGAAGGAUGGCAGCUCGUGUGCCUGGUGUCCCUGGUACAGGUUCUGUCGAGGCUGUGCGGUGGACUGUACAGAGGACAGGGCCUCGGUAGAAAACGCCUACAUAGCUGUCGACUGGGACCCUACGGCCCUACACCUCCGUUACCAGACCUCACAGGAGAGGAUAGUAGAGGAGCACUGUAGUGUGCAGCAGAGUCGCAGGGCCCAGGCAGAGCCCAUCAGUCUAGACAGUUGUCUGAAGGCCUUCACCAGUGAGGAGGAGCUGGGAGAGGAUGAGCUCUACUACUGCUCCAAGUGCAAGACCCACCGCCUGGCCACCAAGAAACUGGACCUGUGGAGGCUGCCGCCUAUACUGAUAGUACACCUGAAGAGGUUCCAGUUUGUGAAUGGCCGCUGGAUCAAGUCUCAGAAGAUCGUCCAGUUUCCCAGAGAGAGUUUUGACCCUAGUGUUUACCUGGCUCCCCGGGAGGCGGGGCUUAACGGGCUACACGGUCUGCAGAGCCGCAGCGAGGGGGAGGAGCUACUGAGGAUAAGAGGAGGAGAAACGGUCUCCAUCUCCGCCCCUGCUGGGUUCCUCAACAUCCUCAAAGCCUCUCCAGCGUCAGGCAGGAAGUCAGCCCCUCCCUCCUUCAUCAGCCGUACCAGCAGCCCCUGCAGCAGCCCCAAGACAGGAGGAGGCAGUCCAGGGGGCGCGGGCCACAGACAGACCCACCUCAGGCUCCCCCAGCUGGCCAGCCGCCACCGCCUCUCCAACAGCAAGGAGAACCUGGAGGGUAGUACCAGGGAGAGGGGCAGCGGCCCUGACACAGAGCCCAGGGAGGGAUCACCGCAGGCGGACACGGAGGGUGGGCUCGUGGGGGUGAUGAGUGGAGGUUUUGGGGAGGUCGGGGUGAGAAGCGGGCCAGAGAUGUCCACCACAGAUGCGCCCAGCAGCCUCAGUAAUGUUAUCGUGAUGAACGGGGACAGCGGUGGCCAUAGCAACGAGGUACUAAGCACGGAGGCCAGUACGGAGCCCAGCACGGACCUAGAGACCACUGCAACAGCCCAGCUGCACCAAAGAGACAACAGCCUGGAGAACAUCUACAACUUGUAUGCAAUUUCAUGCCAUUCAGGUAUCAUGGGAGGAGGACACUAUGUGACCUAUGCCAAAAACCCCAACAACAAAUGGUACUGUUACAACGACAGCAGCUGUAAGGAAGUGCACUCGGAGGAGAUGGACACGGACUCCGCCUACAUCCUGUUCUAUGAGCAGCAGGCGGUGGACUUCUCUCAGUUCCUGCCAAAGACUGACGGCAAGAAGAUGGCCGACACCACUAGCAUGGACGAGGACUUUGAGUCUGACUACAAAAAGUACUGUGUCCUUCAGUGAUUUCACGAUCACACAGUCUUCCACCGACCUAGCGGUCAACCGUCAACCGUCAGCAUUAUGCCUGGAACUCCUGGACAGACGGAAAGGACACAGUGCUUCUUCAGCCGGUCUCAGCUGGGCUCCCAGGAAGCACAAAAUGGUGUCUUUUGGCCGAGUCAUCACAAACUGAACCACUUGAUUGCCGGAGCGGUUGUCAUGGUUUCGGAUACCGCAAGAUACCCCCUUGUUGUUCUGUCAAGAGAACAACAUUGAAGACCCAUUUUUUUUUUUUAAAGCACUAAGCUGUUGCACAUUGAGCCUGAGGAAACUCUCGUGUGUGUGUGUGUGUGUGUGUGUGUGUGUGUGUGUGUGUGUGUGUGUGUGUGUGUGUGUGUGUGUGUGUGUGUGUGUGUGUGUGUGUGUGUGUGUGUGUGUGUGUGUGUGUGUUAUAUUGUCAGCACAUGAGCUGAUAUUGCUUCCUUGUUGCGCAUAUUUGUCCCCUGCAGCCAUCAAAACGUGUCCACAUACCUACAUAAUGUCUGUCUCUAUAACUCACUAUAGUGAAACGGUAGAGAUUAUACUAAUAUUAUUUUAGCGAUUUAAAAAGGGGUUCUCCAAAGGUUUUAAUUUUCCUUCUUCAGUAAUGAUACUGUCAUUUAAAAAAAGAAACCUCCUAAUUCUACCUCACUGCAUUUCAUUGGCCAAUUGGAACGGCCAAAUAUUUUUGACAGUAUUAAAACCUCACCCACUUCCUCCUUUUGAUGACCGCACACACACACACACACACACACACUUUGAAAAAUAAUCAUCUCCCUUUAUGAAGAAAGAUUCCACCAAAUUGUGGGGGUUGACCUUAAUUUGACCCCUUGCCAAGCAACUUCCUAAAACAAAAAAGUGCAAUUGCUGAUCAAUGUACUCACGACAUCGAAUGACUUUAGGGGCGUUCACUGUAGUCAUUUUAACUCACAAGCUUGAGUUUAAAUCUUGGUUAUGUUAUGGACAUAGAGGAUGUUUCAAAGAUAAUAUAUAUAUAUACAUAUAUUUAUUAAUUAAUAUAUACAUAUAUUUGAUUUGUUUUUUCUCUUUCUCCAAUUAUUUUCUAGAGUUAUUUUUAUCAUUGCAAUUAUUUGUAUGUACAUUUUUGUUAAUAUAAGGGUUGUUCUCAUCUCUGGUGUUUAUCUACAGUGCGUUGUAGGGAGCCACUCUGAGACUGUAAAUGAAUAGGGCCACAUGACACCCUAUUCCCUAGUGCACUACUUUUGACUAGGGCCCAGAGGGUUCUGGUCAGAAAUAGUGCACUACUGAAGAAUACCUUCACAAAGUAUUCAUACCCCUUUGACUUAUUCCACAUGUUGUUGUUACAGCCUUUGUUUCUCCUUCUCACCCAUCUUAUUGAAAAUUAAAUACAGAAAUAUCUCAUUUACACAAGUAUUCACACCCCUGAGUCAAUACGUAUUAGAAUCACCUUUGGCAGCGGUUACAGUUGAGUCUUUCUGGGUAAGUCUCGUGUCAAACUCAUUCCACGGAGGGCCGAGUGCCUUGCGGGUUUUUGCUCCUCUUCUGUACUUAAUUGAUGAAUUAAGGUCACUAAUUAGUAAAUAACUCCCCUCACCUGGUUGUCUAGGUUUUAAUUGAAAGGAAAAACCUAAAACACAAAGACAUUCGACUCUCCGUUGAAUGAGUUCCACACGCCUGCUCUAAAAGCUUUGCACACCUGGAUUGUACAAUAUUCUUUAAAAUGUCUUCUAGCUCUGUCAAGAUGGUUGUUGAACAUCGCUAGACAGCCAUUUUCAAGUCUUGCCAUAGAUUUUCAAGACGAUUGUCAAGUCAAAACGACUUAGUCCAGUCAGGAACAUUCAAUGUCAUCUUGGUAAGCAACUCCAGUGUAUUUUUGUUUUAGGUUAUUGUCCUGCUGAAAUGUGAAUUCAUCUCACUGGAAAGCAGACUGAACCAGGUUUUCCUCUAGGAUUUAGCCUGUGCUUAGCUCUGUUCUAUUUAUUUUUAUCCUAAAAAAAACUCCUUGGUCCUUGCCGAUGACAAGCAUACCCAUAACAUGAUGCAGCCACCACCAUGCUUGAAAAUAUAAAGAGUGGUACUCAGGGAUGUGUUGGAUUUGCCCCAAACAUAACGCUUUGUAUUCAGGACAUAAAUUGCCACAUUUUUUGCAGUUUUACUUAAGUACCUUAUUGCAAACAGGAUGCAUGUUUUGGAAUAUUUAUAUUCUGUACAGGCUUCCUUCUUUUCACUCUGUCAAUUAGGUUAGUAUUGUGUUGUUGAUCCAUCCUCAGUUCUCUCCUAUCAGAGCCAUUAAACUCUGUAACCAUUUUAAAGUCACCAUUGUCCUCAUGGUGAAAUCCCUGAGUGGUUUCCCUCCUCUCCGUCAACUGAGUUAGGAGGGACGCCUGUAUCUUUGUAGUGACUGGGUGUAUUGAUACAUCCAGAGUGUAAUUAAUAACUUCACCGUGUUCAAAGGAAUAUUCAGCGUCUGCUUUUUACCCAUCUACCAAUCAAUCCUUCUUUACGAGGCAUUGGAAAAACCUCCCUGGUCUUUGUGGUUGAAUCUAUAUUUGAAAUUCACUGUUCAACUGAGGGACCUUACAGAUAAUUGUAUGUGUGGGGUACAGAGAUGAGGUAGUCAUUAAAAAAAAUGAUUAUUUUACAUGUUAAGCACAUGUUUACUCCUGAACUUAUUCAGGCUUGGCCAUAACAAAGGGAUUGAAUACUUAUUGACCUCAAGACAUUUCAGCUUUUCAUUUUUAAUUAAUUGGUAACAAUUCAUUCAUGAUUUCAUCUUUUGCUAUUAUGGGGUGUCGUGUGUCGGCCAGUGACAAACAAUAUACAUUUUAAAAUCCAAAACAAAAGAUGGAAAAAGUCAAGGGGUGUGAAUACUUUUCUCGAAAAACUCUUUAUUCAAGGAAUAGGGUGUCAUUUCUGAUGCCAUGCGAUUGUUGAGCGAAGUGUCCUCACCACUCUGUUCUCUAAACAAUCCUAUGUUUUUACCGUUACCAUCAGCUGCUAGGUAAUAAUGACAUGUGGGGUAAAAACACUACUCAAAACGAUGCGUUGUCAUACGGUUCUUCCUCGCGUUGUCAUAACAACGACAUAACAAUGUCGUAACCCACAUUUCACGUCAGUUUAUGGUUUUCAGUAG